AUACACUCUACCGAAAGAAACAAAAACCCUAAUCUAGAGGGGAAGAUUUAAGAGCAAGACAAGCUUGGGUUUGAUUCAUCUCAAUUUGGGAGAGGAGUACAGAAGUGCAGAGGAGUAGUGUCGAUUUUCUUGACUUUGAUUUGGUGGAGAGAGGAGCGGUAAAGGAAAAAAGGAGUCAAGAUGAGGAUUAUGAUAAAGGGAGGUGUGUGGAAGAACACGGAGGAUGAGAUUUUGAAGGCUGCGGUUAUGAAAUAUGGCAAAAAUCAGUGGGCGCGAAUCUCUUCCCUACUUGUUCGCAAGUCGGCCAAGCAGUGCAAGGCUCGCUGGUACGAGUGGCUUGACCCCUCCAUUAAGAAGACCGAGUGGACGAGAGAGGAGGAUGAGAAACUUCUUCAUCUUGCCAAGCUCAUGCCUACACAGUGGAGGACAAUAGCACCAAUUGUUGGCCGUACUCCAUCACAGUGCCUUGAAAGGUAUGAGAAACUCCUUGAUGCAGCCUGUGCAAAAGAUGAGAACUAUGAGCCAGGUGAUGACCCAAGGAAAUUGCGCCCAGGAGAGAUUGACCCUAACCCUGAGUCAAAACCUGCACGUCCAGAUCCAGUUGAUAUGGAUGAGGAUGAGAAAGAAAUGCUUUCUGAAGCUCGAGCUCGAUUAGCCAACACUAGGGGGAAGAAGGCAAAGAGGAAAGCCAGGGAGAAGCAGCUUGAGGAGGCCAGGAGGCUUGCUUCUUUGCAGAAAAGAAGAGAACUUAAGGCUGCUGGAAUUGACACUAGGCAACGCAAGAGGAAAAGGAGGGGAAUUGAUUACAAUGCAGAAAUCCCAUUUGAGAAGAGGCCUCCCCCAGGUUUUUUUGAUGUUACUGAUGAGGAUAGGCCUGUGGAGCAGGUCAAGUUCCCAACUACUAUUGAAGAGCUCGAGGGAAAAAGAAGAGUUGAUGUAGAAGCCCAACUGAGAAAGCAGGACAUUGCAAAGAAUAAAAUAGCUCAGAGGCAGGAUGCUCCAUCAGCUAUAUUGCAGGCCAACAAGCUGAAUGAUCCUGAAACAGUCAGGAGGAGAUCAAAGCUUAUGCUCCCAGCACCUCAGAUUUCUGAUCAUGAACUGGAAGAGAUUGCAAAGAUGGGCUAUGCUAGUGAUCUUCUUGCAGGGAGUGAGGAGCUAACCGAAGGCAGUGGUGCAACACGUGCUCUUCUUGCAAAUUAUUCUCAGACACCAAGGCAGGGGAUGACACCAUUACGAACCCCACAAAGAACACCUGCUGGUAAGGGUGAUGCUAUUAUGAUGGAAGCUGAAAAUCUUGCCAGAUUGAGAGAGUCUCAGACACCAUUGUUGGGAGGAGAAAAUCCAGAGUUGCACCCUUCAGAUUUUUCAGGGGUUACUCCUAAGAAAAGAGAGAUCCACACACCAAACCCGAUGCUCACACCUUCAAUGACUCCUGGAGUUGCUGGUCAAACUCCUAGAAUUGGCAUGACACCUUCAAGAGAUGGCUAUUCUUUUGGAAUGACACCAAAAGGAACUCCAAUUAGGGAUGAGCUCCACAUAAACGAAGAUUUGGAUAUGCAGGACAGUGCUAAACUUGAGCAGAGAAGACAAGCUGAUCUGAGAAGGAACUUGCGGUCUGGACUUGGCAGUCUUCCACAGCCCAAGAAUGAGUACCAGAUAGUUAUCCAACCCCCUCCAGAAGAUAAUGAAGAACAACCGGAGCAGAAGAUUGAAGAAGACAUGUCUGAUAGGCUAGCCAGAGAGAAGGCUGAGGAAGAAGCACGGCAGCAGGCAUUACUACGGAAAAGAUCAAAAGUGCUGCAGAGGGAGCUCCCCAGACCACCUGCUGCAUCAUUGGAGCUUAUUAGAGAUUCUUUGAUGAGAACUGAUGUGGACAAGAGUUCUUUUGUUCCUCCUACUUCAAUUGAGCAGGCUGAUGAAAUGAUAAGAAAGGAGCUUCUGGCCUUGCUGGAACAUGACAAUGCAAAGUAUCCACUUGAGGAAAGAGCAAUCAAAGGGAAGAAGAAAGGAGUCAAGCGCCCUGCAAAUGAAUCUGUCCCUGUCAUAGAGGAUUUUGAAGAAGAUGAAGUUAAAGAGGCUGAUUCUUUGAUAAGAGAGGAGGCUGAGUAUCUUCAUGUGGCAAUGGGGCAUGAAAAUGAAACGCUUGAUGAUUUUGUUGAAGCACAUAAUACCUGCCUAAAUGAUCUUAUGUACUUCCCUACUCGUAAUGCAUAUGGUCUCUCUAGUGUUGCUAACAAUAUGGAGAAACUUGCAGCACUCCAGACCGAGUAUGAUAAUGUGAGGAAGAAGAUGGAUGGUGACAAGGUGAAGGCAGAAAGCCUUGAGAAGAAGUUCAAUGUUCUCACACAGGGUUAUGAGAGACGAGCUACAACCCUGUGGCGUCAAAUUGAGUCAACUUUUAAGCAGAUGGACACCGCAGGAACUGAAUUGGAAUGUUUUCAAGCAUUGCAAAAGCAGGAGAAGCUAGCAGCCAAACACAGAAUAAAUGAUCUCUGGGAGGAGGUUCAAAAGCAAAAGCUGCUUGAGCAAACUCUACAAAGACGAUAUGGAGAUCUUUUGGCUGAGCUUGAAAGGACACAAAAUCAGAUAAACAUCUACAGAGCACAAGCACAAAAACAAGAAGAAAUUGCAGCAGAGAAUCAUGCUUCUGAGUCAGCAGAGGCUGUAGCAAAUAAAACUGCUUUGUCAACAAGCCCAGAACUUUCUGAGCUUGUACCAUCAGAUGAUCUUGUAAUCUCUAAACCAGAAGGCAAUGUCCCUGAAAAAGUUGAAGGCGAGAGUGUUGCGAAUGGGGAUGUCAUGCAGACAGACAAAGCCGUAGAUAUGCUGGAAAAUUCAGCUGGCGAGCAACAAGAUAGUUGAAAAUUCACCAGUCUCGCGGAGAUUUUGCCCAAAACAAAUCGGAUCUGAGGGUAAAGUUGCGAAAUCAGAAUAUAGAUUAGAGGAUUGCGGAAUGGCAGUGGGACACCCAACAAGUCAGUAACAAAAUUCUCCACUGUUUCCUGUUGUACUUUUGGCAUCCAGAUUUUCCACAGAACUUGAUAUAAGAGACUUAGAAAAAAAAAAAAUUUAAGAAAAAAAACUUGCGGUGAAUGUAAAAUGUGAUAUUAUUACAAUGAGUUACUGUCAUGCCUAUGAGCAUUUUCUUUGUGGCUUAAAAUUCAGUCUAUUUGAUUU